AUGUUGAGCCUUACAUCUAUUCUGUGGGACACUGGAUAUCCCUUAUAUACCUAUGGCUCCGUUUUCAUUGUUGUCCUAGUUAUCUGGCAAAUCAGACGGAGUUACUGUGGAUUGAAGAGCAAACCUACAAGAAGCUGCUGCCAGCAUCACCAAAAAGUCAGGCAAAGGGACAGAGAUGCAGCAUCAAGAGCUAGGAGACUUUCCCAUGAGGAAGCUGAGGAGCCACAGGAGCUGCUGUCUUUCAUGAAAAGCCAGGGUUGGCUUCCUCAGAAGGAAAGUGUGCGGCAGCUUCUGUGUGCAGAUUCCUGCUGCCACAUCUGCAAUGGUGUGGCUCUAGAGAUUCAGCAAUUGCUGGAGGGUGAGAACAACCAGAUCUGCUCUACUUUACUGGGACCAUCAUGGGGCUGUUCUUGCCUAGAGAUGAUGUCCAUGUCAAGUGUGUCUUUUGAGCAGAAUCUGGAGCUUCGUUCCCGGCAUUCCAGAGACUCUUCAGUGGCAUCUGUAACCCCAACACUAACACAACUAAUAGAAAACAAAUGUUUAACCCAGACAGUUUCCCAGAAAACUGAUGGAAUCAGUAUCCAAGAAUACCUGGCUGAUCACCUCAAGUUAGGGCAGGAAUUUCAACUGGCAGAUAGGCCAGUAGGCCCAGAGACUAUGGCUCCUUCAAGACUUGAGGAAUCUAUGGCUAUAGUGAAUGAGCAGGAGAUGCUGCAGAACAACACUUACCUUGUUCAGGAGAACCAAGCUCACCAUCACUUGAAGCCCAAGGUUUCUUCAGUAUCACUGAAGUCAGAGAUCACUAACCUGACACAUCCUAUGAACUUACACGUGGAGUCAGUCCUCCCGGCCCACCUGCCUUUACUCAGUCCUAAAGUCAUGAGGUUUCUUGAAGUACAUGUGAAAAAAUGGAUGCAUUUCCAGAGAUGGGGACUCCCCAGGCGUGUUGAAGAUUCCCUGAGGCAGCUUAUGCCAGACCCAACAUUGUUUUUCCGAUCUGAAAAAAACUCACAAGUUUCAACCAUGAAUUCUAAGGUCAUUAUUGACAAACUUAGAACCAUUUCCCACCAGACGUGGGGUUCAUUUGUAGCAGGACAGCCCACCCAGUCUAUCUGGGUUUCUGAAUGGUCUGAUGUGGAUCCAGAACAAAGACACCACUGUCAGCAAAUUCAAAACUAUAAGGUACUAGCCUUACCCUCUCCUGCCCUUAAAGUCCUAAGUGACCUCUAUUCACUGACUGGGGAACAGGAUGAUGAAUCACAGAGCAACCUGCAACAGAAAUACAAUCAGCUCUUCUGUGGCCUCCCUACUCUGCACAGUGAGUCCCUCGUUGCCUCUUUCUUGGACUCUAAAGGUCUCUCCAAGAACAAGAAUGUGCCCAAGUCCCUCUUGAAGGGUCCUCUUCUCUUCAAUGACCUCCACUCCCUGCUGUCCAAAUCUCCACCUGAGUCAGCCCCAGCCUCAUCCCCAACCUCCCCAAAAUGCAUGUCUCCCUCUGAGAAUCAGAUCAGUGUCCCAUUUCUGACUACAACUGAGUGCGAAGCCCUGGAAUGGCACUUGCUGCAGAGGCAACUCCAGCUUCAGUGGGGCCUGCCAGCAGUCUUCCGGAGGUCUCAGCAUGCCCUAGGCCCCAUGCAGUAUGAGCCAGGUGACAAAAUCCAAUCUCCUGGGACUGUGAAGACCCCCUGGCCAGGGAAGUCCUUCUCAGUCCUCACCAGGGAACUGCUCUUCUUCCCAGAGCAUGCCCGCAGGCUGCUGGAAUUCCACCUCCAGAAGCAGCUCAUUCACCAUCGCUGGGGCCUGCCCCCAAAGAUCCAGCAGUCCAUCCAGUUGCUGCUUUCCUCCAGUGAGCAGCAGACCCUGUCCUGGAGCAGUACAGCCCUACCCAGUGUGAGCAUGCCCCCGCUUCCAUCCCUCGAGGACAAUGAGGCUGGUGACCUGUUCUCAUCCAUGGUGCCACACUUGUUUGCCCAGGCCAAGGCAACACUGCAAAGCCACAUCGACUCCAAAUGUGGACAGAUCCACCAGGGCCAGGUCCCUGCCUGUGUAUGUAGCUCUUGGGAAUGCAGAAUUCCUGGGGGCCUGGCAUUGGCUCCCUUCCCCUGCAUUCCACAAAGCCAGCACCUGGAACUGCAGGCAGCAAGUGACCUUGACCUACAGCACAAAGUUAUGCCCUGGAUGCCAGUGGCCCUGGACCAGCAGCAGCACGUCUUACCAGGUGUUGGCACUGAACACCCUAAGCUGCCCCGAGCCCUGUCUGAGGGAGCCAUUGAGAAACUGGAAACCAUGCUCCGGCACAAGUAUCUGGUCUUCCUGUCAGGCCUGCCUGCUCUGUACUGUGUGGCCCUGUCUAGGGCCAUGGCCCCAGCAAUCUCUAGCCAACCUGUGAUCACAGAGAUGGGAUCUGAGCCUGUAGAAAUCCCAAAGGAGCCUCUGACUCAGAUGAUCUCACCUGAAGACUCCUGCAGGAAGCUCGAGCCAUCCUUCCAAGAUGAUGAGGAGUCUUGGGCGGACAAUGCAGAGGAGUUCCAGCCUGAAAUACAGGUGGAAGAAAUGACAGAAAUGGUGCCUUCAGAGAGCCAGACUCCUCCUCCCAGCCCCUCCUCAGCCAAGACACACAUCUUCACCAAACUGAAUUUCCACCUGAGAAAAAAGGUCAUAGAGAUGCAAUUGGGAAUUCCCAUAAGGAUAAGAGAGUCCAGGGAACCAACUGAGGGAGUUGCAGAGGACAUAUUCACACAGGAGUCUCUUGGGAGUCUAAGCAACCCAGAAAGCACGGUGGUCCAAGAACUGCCCAUCACACCAGAGUCUCCUCCUGCCCCAGACUCAGAAUGGGUCCCCCUUAAAGAACAGUUGGCUACUGAGCUGAAGGCAAUACAGCACAACCUAAAGUCACCUAGUUCCAAACCGGUGCCCUAUGGAUCAGCCAACUGGGCUUUCAAGAUCUCACAGCUCAGUGGAGUCAUAACCGAGGCCCAGAUACUUUGUGUUCAGGUGGAGGCCAGUGUGAGCAACCCCAGCCUGGAGGAACCCUGGAGCCCUGAGCCCUUGACUGACAAGAUGGAGGACUUGGCUCAAGUCCCCACACUGGUAGAAAAGAAAGAGGACCCAGGGAAACCCAAGGCAGCAGGGGACCUGGGAGAAGGGGAUGCAGGGCUUGGAAUCUCCUCAACCAGCGAAGAAAGACACCCUGCUGAAGAUCAGAGACCAGAAGGGAUACUUCUGAGCAGGGUACCCCGAGGCUCCUGGCGAUGGAACCGGAACUUUCAUCUUGAGGAUCCCUGUCAACACAGCCACCAGAAUGACCCUCAGCUGCAGCUUCCAGAACCACCCCCAGCAGUCCCUGAGGGGAAAGAAUCUGAGCAUGACACGCAAGACAGGCCAAGCAAGCCACAUGUCAUCCUUGAGCCCACAAGGAAUCCCAAGAGUGCCCAGCCUGCGGUGCCCUGUGUUUCCCAGGACAAGCCUUUCCUCCACCAGAAAAUUCAGGGUAAACCUUUGCAGGGCCAAACUCUGCAACGUCAGGUUUUGCAGGAGAAGGCGAUGCUAGCCCAUGCUCACAAGAAGCCCAGCCUUCCAGAGUCUGGCUUGAGAAAUAAAAUAAAAUCCUUUCUGCACUGCAUUACCCCUGAGAAGAAAGGCAAAGGGCAUGUAGAGUCCACGUUCUCUAAAGCUGGGAAGGUGUCCAAAACCAGAAAAGAAAAUGUUGAAAAGAGCCUCACUCCAGCCAAAAGCCCCAUGGGGAGAACUAAGACAGAGAAGCCAGAUGGGCACCCCAAGGCCCGUUCAGCUUCCCCCGAGAAGCCAGCAGGCCCGACCUUCUUAAAUGGUCCCCAUUCCCCAGACAGUAGGCUCCGGCUACGCUCCCGACAGCACGGUUCUGCCUCAGCCCUGGGCCAUCCCCGCCACUGCCCUCGGCACUGUCCUCGAGUGCCUUGUGCCACCCAACCAGGGAGCACACCCUAGCUCCCAGCCCUCACCCCAGAAACAUCAUCCUGCUCAGGAGAACUCUCAAAGCAAUGAGGAAGUGUUUCGAGGCUCCCCAACCUGUGUGUCCCCUGAAGAGCGUUGCUACUGUCAUUUCCGCUGAUGUACAGGUGCAGCACCACCUGAA